CUACUACCCACAUUACUACAGUAUCCUAUCAUAUGCAUCUACUGCAUAGUUUUGCGUACAGCGUAGAACUGGUAUAAACUAUGCGUCAACGGCUGCCGUAGUCAUAUGUUUGGCUUGGACUCUAGACCUAAGAAGAUCAGAUGGGUGUCGUCUUCCCUCGGACGACGAUACUAACGCUUUUCUUUGCUAUUGUUCUCGUUUCAUUGAAACGUCAUGACUCAUCGACUAUUUCAGGAGCUGAAGGGUGUGUCUGGACGUUUGAAAGCUGUUCAAGUACGACGCCUUCGCAUCCUCUAGAGAGAGGAGAGUGUUGCUUUGGCAACGCAACUUCGCAAAACGGCACGUUGUCGUGUAGAAAGGAGAGGCGCGGUGCUUCUGCGUGGACCGACUGGCAGAGCUGGUCUCCGUGGUCUUCCGAUAGUGGCUGCACGUCCGGUGUUGUCUCGGUGAAUCAGACGAGGGUCAGAGUGAGACGUUGUGAGCCAUGUGAAGACUGUGUGGGAGAUAGUAUGGAGACUGACGAAACAAAUCGAUGCUGCGCUAUACAAGGUGCCUGGUCAGAAUGGAGUGACUGGUCUCCAGAUUCCGCUACAUGUGGGGAUAUAACAAACAGGAGGCAGAGAUCAUGUAAUGGCCACAGGUGUAAUGGAUUCUGUCCUGGAAGUAAUAGUGAAACAAGAACUAUUUUCAAGUGCUGUUCCGGAGUUUGGACUGACUGGAGUCACUGGACCCAGUGGUCACCUACCUGUGGUGAUGACAUGGUCAGACACAGGACUAGAGAGUGUGGAUCUAACUGUUCUUGUAUUGGUGAAGCUAGAGACUUUGACACCGACAAAGUUUGCUGCCCUGUCAAUGGUGGGUGGCAUGUUAUGCCAGGCAACUGGUCUGGUGUGUGUGGCUGGGUGACUCGAACAGUGAAUCGGACCUGUACAAACCCAUUACCAAAAUGUUAUGGCAGAGAUUGUGAAGGAUUAUCAAGCUAUGUAGAGGAGAUUUUCAAGAGCUGUGACUCUCUGAGUUCAAGUGCAUUUGUUGACAGUUCUCUCAUCAUUACUAGUUCUAUCACACCUUAUCAAGCAAGUCCCACUCCACACACUGGAGACAAUGGAUUUUUAUCUGAUUUUAAUGUUGGUGUUGCAAUAGCUAUCAUUGUCAUUCCACUGCUUUUUUUCCUCUCUGUUGUUAUAAGUGUCAUAGUGUGUGCUGUCAGAAGACAAGAUCAGAAAUCUGGUGGUGUGGCAGGGCACAGAAGACGUGGUGACUAUUCUGUUUCUGGUGUACCUCGUUAUCGUACUAACAUCCCACAGACAAUGAAAGUAACUUGGUCUCAGUCAAUUAGAAGAAUUUGGUGGGGCAGGAGGAAAGAUCAUGAGCCACCCUCAAUUGAUGAGGAUCGAAGUGAUGGCAAACACGCAACAAUUGUCGCUAACAACUCGGCUGUGGUAAGUCGGGAUGCAGGGGUAGAUACAAGUGCAGGUAUCAAUGCAGCCAUGGGAUUGAGGCAAGUGAGCAAUCGUGAUUCUCGCCAAAUGGUUAUGAUGCCAUCAAAUCAACGCCAGCGUGAAAACAUUCUCUAUGAAGGAGUCACUGAGGGUAAUUUUGCCCACCCGUCUGAAAAUCAACCAGAGCUAUUUGAUCCAUAUCAGUCUGACUUUUCUACAAUUGUUCCGUUGCAGACUUUUUCUCAUAGGCCCAUUGACCAGAGACCAGCAUAUCCUCUACCUACUGAUAACUCUGGUCCUUAUAGUCUUGUUAAUAGGGUGACACAAACAACACGGCCUUCCCUUACUCCUCAAUCUUCGACCGGGGUACAAAUUUCAACAGUGAGGCGUAUAUCUAAUGUUUCGCAACCUGUUGAAUCAGAUGAUAUGGGUGUGUUAGUCACUAACAUGAGUCCGCAGGGAUUCUCAACUUUAGAACGACUGAGCAAAGUAGGUCGUCAAGAUGCAAUUCCAGCAAGACUAAGAAAUGAAAAUGAGAGAGCACACGUGUCAUCGCUACAAAGUGAUCCAGGCUAUGAGACUUUAUCCAAAUAUGGAGUUAGCACAAUUAUGUCAGUAUCUUCUCCCCCACCUGUAACAUCACCUACUUCUUCAGUAGGAGCUAUAGUUUCAACAUCACCAGUUGCUGAACUACCUUCAUGUGCCAGUGCUAGACACCAAAUUAGGGGUCCGGUAACAGUUCAUGCUAGUUCAACACCUCACACUUUUAUGAAUGAAGAUCAGGAAGACAACACGGAUAGGUCAGCAACACCAUUGUCUGAUUUGCCAACUGUUGCACAACAGCGUAGCUACAUGCCAAUGGCUUUGCACGGAUCAAUUGAAUUUGCUGGAACAGGCAGUGAGAGGCGAAUCAGAGCUCUUUCUAAUCCAAUGUAUGGUUAUCCGAUGCUCGAACCGAACUCUUCAGUUGACCAAACUCAAGAAGUGCAGUUUGUUGGACACCGUCAUGUGGGUCAACUGAGUGGAAUUGAGUCUGGGUACAGAUCUGUAUCUCCGGUGGCAGGAGUUGCAUUCGAAGCAAAAGAAAGUGGAGACUCAAGCCUUCCUAUAGGAGAUACAGCAGCAUUGAUAUCGGGUGUCCAUGUUGAUAGCCGUGACGUAAGCCCUGGCCAAACCUACUUGAUUUGAUUUUCUGUACAAAUAAUGAUUAGGACAGUAGUUCAUGCACACAGGCACAGUCAUAUGACAAUAUUAGUUUGAUUUAAAUGUGAGACUUUGUUUUAUUGAUAGUUAUAGUUGAUACUAGAUGAACCUAUACUUUGAAGUAUAUAGUUAUAAGAAAUUUUUACUUAGGCCUAUAGCUUGGUCUUAGGUUCAAUCUGAUAUAGUAUAGUAACAAUUAAAAAACCACAAGUAUGAUAGACUGUCAGGAUGCUGCAAGCUAGACAACAUCGUGGCAUAGGCCACAUGCAUCAGAGCUGAGGUGGUGCUUUGAUAGAAAACCUACAAUUCCUAUGUUAAUACCAGAGUUAUGGAACAUAGUGUGAGGUACUG